AGCCAGUGCCCAGAUUAGCGGAGUGUUUUCUGGGUGUGCGAAUAGUGAGCCUCUGUAUUCUAAACUAGUGCUUGCAUUAAUAUUAAUAUACAAGAUACUGAACAUGGUGCUGCUUCGUCCCGCCUCCCACAAAACUCGAUCAGGGAAUGUAUUUGAAAUGGUACUGCCAAAAUAAGUAGAACAAAACAAGACGGAAUUAAUUAACACUACAAACAUUCCCGAUAAAAAUACACGUGUGACUUUUAACACAUACCGAUCACAGUACGGGAAAGACUGACUGGACGAAGGACAAGCAAGUGUAUUCGUUAACUGUGUGCUUUCUGUAUCUGCAAGUACCGUGAGUCUCUGUACCCUUGACUAGUGCUUAUAGUAGUAUUAGUCACUAGAGAAAAUACUUAAGUUGGUGUUAAUAUGUCCAGCGUUCACGAAAAAUGAUCAGUACUUACGAUAGAACUGCCAAAAUAAGCAGAACAAAAAAGUCGUAAGGUACUAACACCACAAAAUAUUAGCGAUACAAAAACGCACGUGUGACUGUUUGACUCGUACAAUCAUCACAGUAAUGAAACGACUCACAGGCGAAAGAAAUGGAGAGUCGAGUGCGGCAAAAAAAUUAAUAUCGAGGAUCAUGAUUGUCUUUUCCUCUCGAUGAUUUGCUUCCCGCGAGAAAACCUAACUUUUACGUAGGCAAACCGUAUCAUGCGCACUGCAACAGGACCCGUGAGGCGCCUGGGGAACGCCAAUCAAGGUUUCUCUCAGCCGUUGCCGGUGACCUGAACGAGAGAGAUAAGUAAAUGAAGCUAUGACUCGUCUUUAACUUGAUCUGUAAAGUGGAAAUAAGAUAAAGUGAAUAAAAUACUGGAAUUCAAAGUGAUCACGACUAUAAUGGGAAAAAAUAAGUGAAGUUUAUGUAAAUUUGCACUUGAUUCAAACAAGUACAAGACGAAAUUCACACACACACACACACACACACACACACACACACACACACACACACACACACACACACACACACACACACACACACACACACACACACACACACACAUCUGCCAUGCUGCCGCGGAGGUGAGCAGGUGUGAAUCACGUGGAGGCGGGAGACACGACUGAGAAGAGGAAGGUGCAGGACAGAACAUUGACUUAAUCCAUCAUGCAGGACUCGAGCACACCGCUGUACGUCUGGCCAAUUGACAGGUGAUGUGAGUGAUGACGGGAAGAAACGUUCCUCUCCCUCGCACCGCUUCUCCCAGGCCCCUCAGACCCCUGCUUCCUCUUCUACUGGUGGUGUUUUGCUGCUCCGCUCCUGCCCAUCCUGCCUCCUCGGUGGGGAGGCAGGGAGCUGGGGGCGAUGCAGGGCAGACGGGAAGCAGGGGCGUGCUGAGCAGUGUGUGGCGGCACGGCGGGGCGCCCCAUCCUCUGAAUACCGAUGACUCACACAAUCCCAAAGGAGAAGGUGAAGUGGUCGGGGCAAGGACUUGGGAUCCGGAUGAUGGAGAUUACAGUGAGUCACGAAGCGUGGCAUUACGAAAGAGAAGGCAUCUGUAUCACGGGGAAUACCCAGUGAGCAGAAAAAGUGCGCAUCGAUCUCACGAGUCCUUGGAUGCUGACGAACGCUCAUCUCAAAAUAGCAAAAGGUCCUCCUCGUCCUUCUUCGUCUCCUCAGAUUGGAGACAACCCACAAGUUCCUCAGGACGCAAGGGGCCGAGGGAUAUCCGUCCAGGAAAUUGGGCUCAGGAAGCCGGAGAGUUUAAGCGGGUAUCGAGCGGGGAUGAGAGCAGCAAGAGAAAAGCGUCUCCGUCACAACACAAGUCCUCUAUUAUGAGAGGAAAAGGAGAGUGGCGGCGGGCGGCGAGGGGAAGCGAAUUGCUCUCUCGGCGGGGGCGGAAAGUGCUGCAAGACAACACCCAGGGCGACUUUCAGGCAGACAGGAAUAUCGCACGCUUCACCUCCCACGAGAAUGAGAACCCCAGUCACUCCAGCACGCCCCUUGGGGAACGACCGGCGGCCCUCGGCACAGACGGGACGCCACGCAUUGAUCACUUCGGCGUGCCGGUAGACACCAACGCAGGAUACAUUCCCCCAAGCAUAGACCCGGCAGCCUACCCUCUCCGGGAUCACCAGUGGCACUCCGGCACUGGCACCAUGCCACUCGAGGCGCAGCAAACUGGUUUCUCGCACUACGGGGACAGUCUGCAGCCGGGACUUGUGGACCAAACCUCUUACGACCUGGAGGAGGUACUGGCGAGGGAGAGGGCGGCGCUGGCGGCCAACACUCUUAUGGUGCACCAGCCUCCGCUUGACUCCUUCCACAGUGAUCCCGGCUGCGGCUGCUGGGAGACUGACACUGAAAAGUCCUACUGGGAGUGUAGCUGCUGGAACUGUAACCUCAACCAAGUCCCAACCAACUUCUCCGGCCCUGUCAGCAUUAUAACCCUGAGCAACGUGAACCUCAAGACAAUUCGCAACGAUUCCUUCACUCGCUACCGGGAAACUCUCAACGAUCUGGUGCUCGACAAGAUGGGGGAGCUGAGCGCUAUUGAGGCCGGGGCUUUCAAAGGACUCAACCACCUCCGAUCCAUCUACAUCCACUCGGCCCCGAAGCUCCAAGCCAUGCCCAACCUUACCUUCAACGAGGACAACACCAAGCUCAUGAUUUUCCGCAUCACCAACUCUGGCCUGGAGACGAUCCCUUACAUCGAGAACGCCGCGUCGGGCAAAAUAAUCCAGAUGAUUGAGAUGGACACAAACCGCAUCCAGAAGGUGGGCAGUCGGUCUCUUCACGUCAUGGUCGACUCGCUGUCCCUCAACUAUAAUCGUAUUGAGGAGGUGGAAAGGGAGGCGUUUGCUGGUUCUCAGAUCGCCAAGCUGAGUCUGAAGGGAAACCGCCGCCUGCGCAGUCUUCACGUGGAGGCUUUCAAGGGCAUCGGCAGCCUUCGCACUCUGGACCUUUCAGAGACUUCCAUCACCUCACUACCGACGAUGGGGCUGACGGACCUGGAAGUGCUCAUCCUGGAAAGAACACCGACCCUGAAGGUGUUUCCCUCCGUGUACUCCUUCAAGAACAUCGAGAAGGCGCACCUCACCUACCCCUACCACUGCUGCGCCUUCCAGUUCCCACCAGCAGCACGAUCCGAGGAGGUACGAGGAGUCCAUGCGGAAGAUGGAGCAGCGAUGCCUCUGAUAUCACCUCGCCCAACCCCCUCGUCCUGGCUCCCCACCACCCGCCCGCGUCGCCGCCGUGUUCAGGUUAGCCAGGGCACCACGACGUCUCCCGUCGAGCCUCACUCCAGUGGCGAUGUUUACGGGCAGGCCCCAGUAGACUACAUCCCGGAGGAGGGGAGUUCCGGGGAGCGGUGGGGGGUAGUGAGUCACGGCGAGGGCUGGGGCACCGUCAGUCUGUCCUCCCCAGGCGCCAGUGACGAGCUUGUGGGGAACGCCAAGAGGCAUGAACGCAGCCGGCAGUUUGAGAGGCCACAGCGCCCCGCUGAGAGUUCCACAGAAAAGCUUGUUCACCACUCCUCGCCCCAGCGGAGGAAGGAAUUGACGGAAACCACUACAGAUGCUGCGUCUUCAAAUCUGCCACACGCCCACGCCCGCCACUCCAGCCACCACGCCAGACUCCUGAAGCCACAGCACGAGCCCGACACCCCCGGCGCCGAGGGAUCAGACCGCCCGUCACUCAAGCCGAAGGGUCGAUUCCGCCGCGGCAGCCACACCCAGCUGGGGCCUCGCCUGCCUCGCGCCCCUCGCUCGCAGGACGGAGGCAAAGUCGCUUUUCGCCACGAGUCCCGCUUCGGCCAGCAGGCAGCGGCGCUCAUCUGGGAACCCCAGCAGGUCACCAUUCCGCGGCCCGAGAAACGUGACCCUUAUAACGAUCAGCUUAAUUUCCACUCGGACUCGCCCAGGAAGGAGUUCGUGGGAGGCGGCGUGGGGAGCAACUUCCCUAUAAUUCCACUUGGGUUCGGGUCCUUCAACAAUACGUACACUAAAGUCCCCCAGAGUGUGUACGCAAGACCCAACGCGUCCACUCAGGGUUGGGAGGACCACGUGUGGUCUGAGCCUGCCCCGCCCCUCGACUCAGGUGACGAGCCAACUUACCUUCUUAACGCCCCAGUGCCACACCCUGUCGAACCCCACAAGGACGACAUGGGGGGAACCUUUCACGGCGGGGUGUUCAACACUGGACCCGUGGGUGAAGUGUGGCACAAGGGGCACGAGGGACGUGGCACCAAGCACUCCAGCACGUGGCUGCACGGGCAAGUGAACAUCUCCGCCAAGAACACCACCAUCUACAUACCCUGCGGCAACCUCUCCAAAGACUACCACAACGUGCAAUGUAGCCCGGGGCCCGACGCCUUCAACCCCUGUGAGGACAUCAUGGGGAAUCUGGCGCUGCGGUUGGCGGUGUGGGUGGUGGUGGUGACUGCCGUGGUGGGCAACCUGGCCGUCAUGAUUGUUCUUAUCUCCUCCAAAUUCAAAAUGACUGUGAGCAAGUUCCUGAUGGUUAACCUCGCCCUGGCUGACCUGUGCAUGGGUUUGUAUCUCCUUAUCAUCGCCGCCAUGGACCUUCACACCAUUGGGGAUUACUUCAACUACGCUAUUGACUGGCAGAAUGGCCCCGGGUGCAAGGUGGCGGGCUUCCUGACAGUGUUCGCCUCUGAGCUGUCCAUCUUCACGCUGACGGUGAUCACGUCCGAGCGGUGGUACGCCAUCACCUACGCCAUCCACCUCAACAAGCGACUCAAGCUGUCCAUGGCGGUGAAGAUCAUGGUGGGCGGGUGGACGUACUCCAUAGCCAUGGCAACCCUGCCCCUCGUGGGCGUCUCCAGCUACAGCAAGACGAGCAUCUGCCUGCCCAUGGAGACUGGUGACGGCCUGUCCCUGGCGUAUCUGGUGUCGCUGCUGGUGGUCAACGGCCUCGCCUUCUUCGUCAUCACCGCCUGUUAUAUCUCCAUGUACUUCUCCAUCAGCCGCCACGACGCCACCACCGAGCACUCCGACCUCACGGUGGCCAAGAGGAUGGCGCUCCUGGUCUUCACUGACUUUGCUUGCUGGGCGCCCAUUGCCUUCUUCGGACUCACAGCGGUAGCAGGUGUUCCGCUGAUUAACGUCACUCGGGCCAAGAUACUACUGGUGUUCUUCUAUCCCCUCAACUCGUGCGCCAAUCCCUACCUCUACGCUAUCCUGACGAAGCAGUACAGGCGAGACCUCUUCAUCCUGCUGGCGCGUUAUGGGUUCUGCACCAAGAGGGCGAUGAAGUACAAGGGCGCCUACUCGUCCGUCAACAACACUUUCCCUCACAACACGGUGGUGAACGCGCCCAACCACCGCAGCUCCACCCUCACGCAGAUCACGUUGUGCGACCUCACCCGCACCAGAACCUCGCAGCAGAGCAACAACGGGUCUCUUCUGGGCGGCACCAUCGUCGGAGGCUCCCAGGACUCCCUUCAGAGGAAUGUCUCUCCGAUCAGGACCCCCACCAAGCCUGAGACUACGUGCGGGUGUGCGGGAGCGGAGAACGAGCGUCUCAGCACCGUGCAGGAGAUGAGCCACAGCAACCCUAGCGACGAGGAGCCAUCAGACGACCACCUUCCCUCCGGCGACGACGACUCCCACAGUGGGGUGAUGAAGCAGGCAGGCUCCCCUCACCCCAUCAAGAACUGCUACACGCGCCUCUCCUUCACCCCAGAGCAGGAGGAGAUUCUGAAACAUGCGCUCAAUGUGUCCAAGGCGAAGAAGAAGAGAGGGAGGAGCGACAUAGAAAACGUGGACCAAGCCGCGCAGGGACUUUUAGGCGAUCAGAGAAAACUUGGUGUAGAAAACGGGAACUCACUAUGCCAAGGGGAAGCUAUUGUGAUUUGCGAGAUGGAGCUUUGCAGGGAGGAAGGUGAGGUGGACAGUAGAGGUAGGCAUAGAAUUUCCAGGGUAUCUGAAGACGAGGAGGAAGAGGAGGAGAAGGAAAACGAACAGGAAUUAGAAAGUAAGAUAGAGGCCACGUCUUCUGUAUAACACUGGCUCGUCAUUUGUCUCGAAGCUCCAUUAGAGUUGUGUAGUCCCGCGCUUCGCUUAUUAUGAUUAUUUUUUUUUUUCUUGGAUGAUUCAAAGUCCCUCCAGUUGUCAUAUCAGCGCAGGCAGAGAGAGAAAAACAGGAAGGUAAACAGUUAUAACAAUGCAUCUUCUCAUCCACUCAUCCAUUCAUGACCUCAUCCCAUCCAUCAGUAAGUUAAGAUUCAUACGCAUUGCUAUUGAUUCAUUUGCCCCUAUCCGAAAUUUGAGCCUCAAAUGAAGCAGGAGGAACAAAAGUCGGAUAGUUCUGUAUAUAUUACCUACGUUGACUUUUUUUUUCUUUUUUUUACUUCUCAGCAAAUUUAUUCCUUCCCAUUCAAUUCAUCGAUUCAUCGGGGGAUCAUCCUUCCUUCCUCUUCCCCUCCUUCCCUUCGCUCGAAAAAUUGGCGUAUCUAUUCAGUUAUUGAGUGGAGACGAUACUGGAAUAGAUAUCGCUAAUUUAUAUACUGACUGGAUGUGCGUAGAGUGUUCGAGUGCUUAGUUCUUUAAUACGAGAGAGAGAGAGAGAGAGAGAGAGAGAGAGAGAGAGAGAGGAAGUACUCACUCAUAACUCCAUUUAAGUAAGAUCAUUUGCAUCAUCUAUUUAUUAGUGUUAGCAUGUACAUAAACUUUUCCGUCCUCACACGAGCUCCCAAUCUUCUGUUCGCUGCUCCCUGUCUCCCUCGACUGUAUAUUUCCCGUAAGUUCGAUAAUCGCUCGUCGUGUCCUGUAAGACCGCGAGGAAGAAGCUACGUCUCUGUAUUUUUGGCAUUAAUAAAAGUCGUCUGUAACGCUUCAGUA